GCAUAGGACUGUGUCUUGCUUGCGUUUCUCAGCGUAUCACCUCUCCUUCUCAUUCAUCCUUCUACAUAUACACGUUAUAUCAGUCAUUCACAGUCCACUCGCGGAGUUUCCCACCUCAUCCCUCUCUCUCCUGCUAAACCUCGAUCAUAAAGGCCCGUGGUGGUACAGGUCAACGAUUCGAAAACGGUUCCUCCAUUCCCCUCACACUUCCACAUCUUCACAACAUGUCCUCAGGCUCAGCACAGCCAUCAGCUUCUGGCUCGGCCUCCGCAUCAGGCUCCAGAGUGUCAGGAUCAGCAUCCUCCAACUCGUCUUCCACAUCCACCAGUUCGAUCUCCAUUCCUGGGACUGCGGCGGCGGGAGGAGUGUAUGUGACACAACCGCCCACGACGGCGAGUGCGAGUUAUUAUAAGAUUGCAAGUGAGGAGAAUAUCACUUUUGGUUGGAAUUUGACCAGUCUUUAUGUUCAACCGAAAAGUCUGACAGUGAUCGCUUCUUGUUCAGCUAAUGGUAACACAUAUCCAGUAGGACCAACAGGAGGAACUGGGAAUGUAUUACCUGGUAAUGCUACUCAAGUCAUAUGGAACCCUUGGCAAGCCGAACAAGUCCCAGGUGCAACUCCAUUCGCUCAAGCGACUUAUGUUUUGAAGAUAUGGGAUGAACGUGGACCUGGUGUCCCUGUAAAAGGAGGUUAUUUGAGUGAUUAUUCCGGUACGCAAUUUGCGAUGUAUCGACCUGGAUCAUAUACGCCUUUAGCUAGUGGAUGGACAUGUACGACCUGUGAUGGACAUGUACCCUCACUCGACGCUGCUCUUUCCGCUUUAUCCGAACCAGCCGGAAUAAUGGUCUUCACUUCCCUUCUCAUCACGUUAUUCACGGCAUGGAACAUUCUUCGACGAUGAUUUCUCCCUAUAAUCGCUCGUCUCUUCCUGUCAUCCACUUCCACUUCCACUCUCACGUUCAUCCCGUUCGAACACUGUACCCCAUAAUCUGAUGUUACUCCGCAAGCCAUGUUAAUGAAACCCGUCAAUGACUCUAGAACGGUAUGAUUUUCAAGAUUAAUGGACAAUUUGCAUGCAUUACGUUUCCUGUCUUUU